GGCGGUGGCGCGGGGGCGGCGCGGGGCGGGGCGGGAGGCGGGCGCCGUCCAUGGCCCUGCGAGCGCCGCGCCGCCCCGGGCGCCGCCGAGCGGAGCGAUGGGCAACACGGUGCACAAGACCCUGGCAGACACAAGCCACCAGACCCGCUCUGUUUCCAGCCGCCCCUAUUACAGCUUGCCCAACAGCAGCCAUGAGAGGCGCUCAGUCCUCGCUAUCACGGAACCACCGCGUUUCCACUCCCAAGCCAAAGGCAAGAACGUGCGUCUGGAUGCUCACUCCCGCAAGGCCACACGAAGGAACAGUUUCUGCAACGGGGUCACCUUCACCAACCGGCCCAUCCACCUCUAUGAGAAAGUCAGGCUGAAGCUGGUGGCUGUGCACCAUGGCUGGAGCGGGGCCCUACGCUUUGGCUUCACCAUUCACGACCCAUCACAGAUGAGCUCUGAUGACAUACCAAAGUACGCCUGUCCAGACCUAGUGACCCGACCCGGAUACUGGGCCAAAGCUUUGCCAGAGAGGUUUGCUGUGAGAGACAAUGUCUUGGCUUUCUGGGUUGACCGUCAUGGGAGAGUCUUCUACAGUAUCAAUGACGAGGAGCCAGUAUUGUUUCACUGUGGUAUUAAAGUUUCCGGUCCUCUCUGGGCGCUCAUAGAUGUCUAUGGAAUCACCCAUGAAGUGCAAAUACUUGAUAGCAUGUUUGCAGAGACCAUGAGCACUGCCCGUCUCAGCACUGCCCGUCUCAGCACUUGCCUUCCGCAGAGCAACCAUGAUUCAGCCAACUUCAAUAACAACGAACUGGAGAAUAACCAAGUGGUGGCCAAAAUUGCAAACCUAAACCUAAGUCGGGUACCAGGACUUGCAACAGACAACCACAUCAUCCCCUGUUGCCCAAACCGACGGCAGCGUGCCCAGGGAGUCCCAGCCUUCCUGGACACAGACCUGCGAUUCCACCCCACCCGUGGACCUGACAUCACCUUUUCUCAGGACCGGAUGGUUGCAUGCACCAACUGGCAAGAAAGCAAUAGGACUUUGGUGUUCUCUGACCGACCUUUGCACAUUGGUGAAAGCCUCUUUGUGGAAGUAGGACAUCUUGGGUUGCCAUACUACGGGGCCCUCUCUUUUGGCAUCACUUCUUGUGAUCCAAGUACUUUACGGACAAAUGAGCUCCCAGCAGAUCCGGACUUUCUCUUGGACCGCAAGGAGUACUGGGUGGUUUACCGAGCAUUCCCGGUUCUCAACAGCGGUGACAUUCUCAGUUUCAUGGUCUUGCCAAAUGGAGAGGUGCACCAUGGGGUGAAUGGAGUCAGCCGAGGAAUGCUAAUGUGCGUGGACACCUCGCAGUCUCUCUGGGUGUUUUUUACAAUCCACGGUGUAAUCAACCAGCUCAAAAUAUUGGGCACUGUGCAGUCCAGCCCAGUGACCGUCUCUCCCUCAGGAUCCCCUGGUGGCUCACAGUACGACAGCGACUCGGACAUGGCCUUCAGCGUCAACAGGUCAUCGUCUGCUUCAGAGUCAUCGCUCGUGACUGCUCCCAGCUCACCCCUGAGCCCCCCCAUCUCUCCCAUCUUCUCUCCUCCGGAGCCAUCAAGCAGCAAGAAUGGGGAAUGCACCGUCUGCUUUGACAGCGAGGUGGACACGGUGAUCUACACUUGCGGACACAUGUGCCUCUGCAACACCUGCGGUCUUAAGCUGAAGAAGCAACUCAACGCCUGCUGCCCAAUCUGCCGACGGGUCAUCAAAGAUGUUAUUAAAAUAUACCGCCCUUAGUGCCCGCCUCGGGCUGUAGGAAGGGGGAACACCGCUAGCAGUAACCAUGCCUUUCCGUCCCUGCUUAUGGGUUAUUGUGCUGGUCAGUCGUUAUCAAGUGGCUCGUUAUCUAUGUUUCCUUAUUUGACUGGUAGGGCACAAUUCAGGGAUAAAUUUGAGCUGAGGAUCAGGUAGGGCCCAAAGGCACAGUUGCUGUGCCGGCCACGCUUAUGUGCCCAUGGGUGAAUCUGGGGAAUCACAGUCUGGGCCUGACCCAGCUGCAAAUGAGAAAUUUCCAGUGCAAAGGCUCUGUUUUUCCUCCUCUCCGCCUCCAGAGACUUGCUGUGGUGGGUGUCAGGAAGGGGAAGUGGCCACUUGGUCAGUGUUGGAUGCCACUGUACUUCUCAACCCCAAAACUCCAACAGUUCUGAGCUGCUGCCAGGUGCGUGAGCUGUGGUGGAACAAAAUUAGGACAAGACUUGAGUGGGAGGGUACAAAGUGAACAAAACUGAUCUGGAAAUGUCACACUCAUCUAUGUAAGGGAAACUAGCUAAGGCCAAAAUAGUAGCAUAGCCAGAUGCGCACUUAUUUGGGUUUCGCUCUCCUGAACAGGCUUUUGGGGUAUGUGGAAUAGCUGGUGUGGACUUAGAUGAAGCAGCUUUUGCUUUCCGUGGCAGAGCACGGACUUUUGGCUGGGGAGGCUGAGACUUAGGUAGCAUUGAGGAACACAAGCCCAUUGAUAGCCUGAGCCAACCCCAACUGCUGCAGUGGUGGAGGAGCAGGUAGGAGCAAUGGGCUGUUGAGGCACUGCCUGUAGGUCUGGCUGCUGAAGCCAUAAACUGCAGCCUGUGCAUGAGAGGGGCAUUUGAAUGAGCACACUGCAAUCCUGGCUUAGAAAAAGCACGGGGCUAGCACUGUCUGCAUGUAUGGUGUUUGUUGCAAGAUGCACAUGCUUGCAUUUUGCUCUGCUUCUCUUUGCAGGUAGUGUAGCUGCCAUCUCACCGUCCUGCCUGGCUCACCUCCCCUAGCCUUUGCUCUGCAGCCAGCGCUAUGGCAGGGCUCAGCCUUCCUCCUGCCCCACCACAGGGACAUUUUGGAGCCCGUGGUGAGAAAUUAAUUUCUGACUCAGUCCCAGCAGGCUCACCCUUUUUUUUUCUGGGGACUCUGUAUGAGUAUGUGUGCUGCCUUUCCAAGUUUCCCAGCUCAGCUUCCAGCUGCUGAGAUGCUGGAUCCCAACAGUAGAUGAGAACUUGUUGAGAUGAACAAGGUUCUAUCUCACUUGGUUUUCCUUGGGAGAAGGAAAGGAGGCGUCUCUGGGGUUACUGUUAGAUGUUGGGACUUAAAGGGUAAAUGCGUUUCAGCUGUGACAUUAGACAGCUACAAGCAGCAGAGAUGUGGAUGAGCUGGGCAGCAUCUGAGCAGGCGGCAGUGAGGCUGAUACAAGGAGCUCAGUAUCAUCACUGCUGCUCCUGCAGGAGCUGCCGUCCGUUCUCUGUCCUCUCCUCUCUGCCUGCUUCCAUGGCUCCUAUCCUGGCAGUUUUCCAGCUGGUCCAGGCUCCUAAAGAACUAGUUUGCUUAACAUGCAUCCAGCAGUGGGACCAUGACCAUAGCCUGUAGGAGAUUCCCGGUGUGACUCCCCAUAUUGCCUCUUCAUGUUUUAAUGCCCACUCAUGGAUUAGGUGGCCUCUGAAUUUUCAUUUGGCAGGUAGCAGCUGUUACGGAGAAUCUUAAGAUCCUCAGCCUUUGUGCACCAGGAGUCAGCUUUACACCUAUUUUGCAGUGUCCUGAAAGCAGCAACCAUGGGAAGUGGCUGAGUGACCAUCCCCUGGAGGUAUGUAAAAGACAUGUAGAUGUGCCACUUAGUGACAUGGUUUAGUGGUGGACUUGGCAGUGUUAGUUUUGCAGCUGGACUUGAUGAUCUUACAGUUUUUUUCCAACUUCAACGAUUCUGUGAUUCCGUAGCCAUGGGUGAUGGGCUGGUGGUGCCAACCCUGCUCUGACAUCAGGGAGAGCAGACCUAGGGGAGCAGCUUAUUCUCUUCCUGCAGCAGGCUCUGGCUGCCAGCUCGCAGGGCACAGAGAAAACUUUUUAUUUUCCUUGAGUUAAUUACAAUUUUAAUUAAGUAUAUAAAUGAGAGGCUGCUGUACAGUGAGUUCUUUCACCCCUUGCCCUGCUGCAUUGGCAUGAGAGCUUACUGGCUUUGCAGAGCCCUUUUUGGAAGCUCGGCUCAUGCCACUGGCUGUGCCGCUGCCACUGUGGCACGAGUUCACUUACACCUUUGCGAAAGGAUGCAGCAGGGGCAGCUUUCCAGCAGCCAGAGCCUUGCCCAGACCUCCAGGCUGCCCCCACCCCGGGUCCCGCAGACGUUGCCUUUGCAGAGACCUCCCUGGCUUGCCUGUUCGCAGGUCAGGGUCUGGCUAUAGUCUGUGGGCACAGCACUAAGAGUGCGAUGCUGUCAAAGUAUUAGAGCAUGGGGUGGACGGCUGCGGGGUGGUUUGGUCACUGUAGCGAGAAGCCUUUGCAUGAUGAGGAAUUUAAGGAAAGUUAUCCAAAUCCGCAGCGAGCGAUGUUAGCUUGGCUCAGCUCUGGGGCAGCAAACACCAGCAGCCAUCCCUGGGGCUGCUGUCCUGGUUUCAGGGGUGCCCAGUCCCUUGCAGUGGUUGCGCUGAGCUUCGUGCAGGAGCGGAGCAGAUCCUGUUGGCUUGGCUGAUACCUCAAGUCCUCCACAUGCGGAGCUCAUUGCUUACCUGGGGUGGGGUUUAUUUCGGUGCAGUUCCUUAUUUUCUUUAAGCCAGCAAGGAGGAAUACCGGCUCCACCCCAGGCUGUGUCUGAGCUUUUCAGGAUGCGUUGCACAGGCUGAAUUUUUGCUGUAGCAGCCGAGGCGGGUUUCCAUGAGGGCAGCACCCAACGGAGCCAGCAAGGGAGCCAGUGCAUACAGGGGAAUAACACAAGUUGGGGUCCAGAGUGUGGCCGUGCACAGAGCGGGAUGUGAGAGCAGUGGACUUGUCGCCCUGCUUAUCUGAGAGCAACAGGAAUUUUCCUAACUAGGCCUCUUAUAAAAGAUUUCCAGGAAAAGGUAGCCUCUUACAGAUUUAAUUGUUAGUUCUCGUAUUGCUAUUUUUUUUAAACAGUCCAAUGAUACAUGAUUUGUACAGAAGAUCUGUUUGUGCCUUAUAAGGGUGUCUGUGCACUUUUUAUCCUUUUUAAAGCAACUUGUAAAAAGAAAAAAAAAAUGGAGAAAACAACACAGAUCAAUGGUAGUUUUAUAGACUUUUGUGUUCACUGAGAAUCAUGCUUUUUUUAUAUAUAUAUAUAUAUACUGAAGUGAAAAAGUGUUUAUUUCCAUUGAUUUUUUCCCCCCCUUUCCUCCUUACCUAUUUGUUUAAAAAUUUAAAAAAGGAAGGAAGAAAAGAAGAGAUGGGGGAACUCUUUUACCUUCCCCCUUUCCGAGCCAGUUCCUCUCUUAUCAUUACCUUUAUGAUACAAUACUGUCACCUGUACAUCAUGUUUAAGCUGAAUCAGAUUUUGGACCUCUGUAUUAGGCUUUUCAAGCAAAUCAUUUGGGGGACCGGGGCAGGGAGGGCAUCGCACGAGGGAGGGAACUGCAAUUCUACAUGUCAGUGCUCUAUAGCGUUGUGUUCAGUGCUGUGUGUUUUACUUUUGUCCAUUUACCUGUUUUACAUUAAUAUAAUUUGACUUGUUUAUGAAACAAAUAAAACUUCGGCU